UUGGUUUCUCCGUCACAAGUGUGAGGGCCAAAGAGCUGCGUCUUCCUCUUCAUUCCUGGUGUCUGCCCGGGGAUUAUUCUUGAGGGAUUUGGAAGACCAAGCUCUUUCCACUGUGCUGUGCAGUGUGGCAGCGACGCAGCAACGGAGCCAGCCCCGGGCAAGGCAGCUGCCCUCCCUCGCACCAUCAUGCCCCAGCAGCUCUCUGCAGUGGUGCUGCUCCUUGUGUGCCUGGCUGUAAAUUUUCAUUGUGGCUGUCAAAUAAGCACCAAAACAUAUCCAGAAAUCAGAAAGUAUCUUCAAUCCACAACAGCAGGGGCCACAGAAAACCCUUCUCUCCUGCAAACAACUAGCCAGGUGCCUCACAGAACAGCAAGAUCAACAGAUGGUCAUGACACCUCUCAAAUACCUGUCACAACCUCCAAGUCUGAGAGGGCAACAACCCACACAGCAAUAAAAACUCCAGCAACGACUACCCCGGUAACCACCGAAAGCACCCCCUCCACCAGCCCAAUAAACCACACUCUACUCACAACCCAGGCCACGGCCAACAUCUCAAAAACGGCUACUCCGGUCACCGAAGCUACAAUCGGCCCCAGCUCGGCUCCUCGCUCACUACCAUCCACCGUCACCCCACCAGCCCAUACAGCCGGAAGCAGCCCAUCAAACGUCAGCCACACAGCCGGGAACACCACCCAGUGCGGUAACCAGACCACCCUCCCGACAGCUUUGUCCACAGCACCACGCAGCAGCACAACCAGUCAGACGUCCACUCGACCCACCCCCGCCCCAGGAACAACCACGGCCCCGCGCACCACCACCCACACGGCCACGCCGACUACCACGGCCCCCGGGCCCACCCUUGCACCGCAGCCAUCGCCAGCGAAGACUGGAAUCUAUCGGGUUCUAAAUGGAAGCGAGCUCUGUAUCAAAGCAGAGAUGGGGAUAGAGCUGAUUCUUCAAGAGAAGGAGUCGGUUUUUUCACCUCUGAAAUACUUCAAUAUCGACCCCAAUGUGACCCAAGCCUCUGGGAACUGUGACUUGCGAAAAUCCAACCUUCUCUUGAAUUUCCAAGGUGGCUUUGUGAAUUUCACAUUUACCAAGGGUGAAAACUCAUAUUAUAUCAGUGAAGUGGGAGCCUAUUUGACCAUCUCAAAUCCAGAGAAAACUUACCAAGGAAUGAAAAGUGCUAUGAUGAUGUUUGAGACUAUGAUUGGGCAUUCCUUCAAAUGUGUGAGCAAACAGAGCAUCACGCUUUCACCCCACCUUCAUCUGAAAACAAUGAAUGUCCAACUUCAGGCCUUUGAUUUUGAAGGAGACAACUUUGGAAAUGUGGAUGAGUGUUCAUCUGACUACACAAUUGUGCUUCCUGUGAUUGGGGCCAUCGUGCUGGGUCUCUGCGCUGUGGGUUUGAUUGUUUAUGGCCUCCGCCUAAGGCGUGAAUCAUCUGGAUACCAGAGAAUCUAAUGGGUGCCCAGGGGAAAAGAAAACAACAGGGUGUAGAGAAUUCAUUAAUUAUUUCCAGCAUGUUGGACACUUCCCUCAUAGUGUGGGACCUUCCAACAAUGCAAACCACAAUCUUCAACAAAAACCAAGUCAUUUUUGAUAUAAGUUCAAGAAGCACUUCAAUUUUUAAGAAUUUUUUUGUUAAUUUUAUGAACAAUGUAGUGAGCUGUUUAAGAACAUUUUCUAGUUUCCUUCAUAACAUUUUAACCUCUCAAAGGCAACAUUUGAGAUAUGUUAACAUAAUUGAGAUUUGAAAACAUAAUUGACAUAAUGUAUGCAAAGUGACACAUGGUACCUGUGUCUGCAUUGGGGAUUUGUCUAUAAAACAGACUUUCAGGGCUUUUAUUAUCUGUGUUUUAUGUAAUGUACAUAUGUCUGGUGAUGUAAUUACCUGAUUUUCCACUUUUCAAUUUAUUAAAAUCAUUGAAAAGAGCAACAAUAUCACAGGCUGUCUUGGUUUUUGAUGUGAAACCAAGAAGAAGAACAAAUCACUUAUUUUUUUUUAUCUUGAUGACUCCUGCUCCAAAAUCAUUGAAGACUAACAAUUAGGUGGCUACACAAAAAUAGAUUUCAAUCAUGUGCAAGAAACAAUAAUAGUGGUUUCUUAUUUCUUGAACUCAUAUAUAUCAGACACAAGGCUAAGCAGUUUCCAUACAUUUCAUUCAAUCCCCCAAGGAAACUUGGACUUAAGGAAAUUAAUUCUCUUAAAUGUCACCCAGUCAACAGGUGGCAGAGCAAGAGUUCAAACUUACGUUGACCUGGUAUGAAAGCCCUUGGCCUUCUUAUUACACCAAGUUGCCUACAUAAACAAUGACACUAAAUUAUGCUGCCCAAAGUUUCACACCAGCUUAUGCCCCAUUUUUACAGAGGAAUGGAUUUAUCCAGAAUCAUGAGAGAUUAGGGUAGAUGAGAGGAAGACUUUACAUAUAAUAGUCAUCUUCAAUAAAGUUCUCUACUCCCUUAAAAGGUCUCUGAGACAUUAGUCAAUUUCUCAUUUUUAUGGGAUUAUUUAGUUGUGGCUCUAAGGAUGAAGGGAUAGAAUAAACCUCUCGAGGUAUUUUUUUUUUCUUUGAAAAAUUGAGAAAAACUGACCUCUUACCAACUUUUCUUUCUUGACUAUAGAUCCCCCCCUUGUGGUAACUUGCUUCUUCAGUACUUGUAUAUUUACAUUUUCUAUUCUAGUUCAAUUUAUUCAGUAGAGCAGUCCACUAAGAAUUUUAUUCCUGCAUGUUUGUAUUGCUAAUGAGAGGAACUAAGUCAGGAUAUUAAUAGAAAAGACCACACAACCCUCCGAUUCUUUAAUAAAGGAGCAAUUGAAGUGAACCUAGAGUACAUAUUGACUUUUUGAAUUAGUAGAGUCAACAAGGUCCUGACUUUAGUUUCAACAGAAUUUUGAAUUGUAUUAUAAGUUUUUGUAAUAAAAACUUAUUUUGGAGGCUCAUUUAUGUCACUCAUUUCUUAUAAUACUGUUUUAUGCUAUUAAAGUUUUGUUUACAA